CUUCCGCGGGGCGCGCACUCUUGACUGGAGAGCGGCAGGGAGAACAGGUUUCCUCGCGUCUUGGUCUGGGCUGUGUGGAUGAUCCAGAAGCACUUGAUGUUAUAGGAUUGUUGAAGUGGUUGUGGACAUGGACCUGGUCAGUGCUUGAAGAAAAACCCACGCAAAAUGAGAGAUCGACUUUUCGAGCUUCAGGAGCUAUCAAGGCUUUAUAGCCAGCAUACUCCUGUUGUGGUUGAUGACUUGCCAUUACCUCAUGAAAACCUUCUGUUUGAGACAGAUUAUGCUGUAGCAAGUAUCUACAAAGACAUUCAAGCUAUCCGGACAAAUAACGAUCACCUCAAAGGAGAUGUUCGGCGCCUGAGCAAACAAAAUGCCCGCUUUCUUACCUCUAUGCGCCGCCUCAGCAGCAUAAAACGUGAUACCAACACAAUUGCAAAAGACAUAAAGGGCCGUGGAGAAGAGAUUCACAGGAAACUUCAGGCUUUGAGAGACUUCAGUGAAGAUGCAGAAACAAAAUAUGGUUCCAACUCCAUCAUAGCUCGUGUAUCAAAGGACCACUAUGUUGACCUAAUGCAUAGCUUUCAGACAACCAUGUUUGAAUACAAUGAGACAGAGAUGAACCAGCGGGAAAACUGCAAGGCUAGGAUUCAGCGACAGCUAGAGAUCAUGGGCAAGGAUGUGUCUGGGAACCAGAUAGAGGACAUGAUUGAGCAAGGCAGGUGGGAUGUUUUCUCUGAGAACCUUCUGUCUGACAUCAAGGGUGCUCGUUCAGCCUUGAAUGAGAUAGAGACCCGGCAUAAAGAGUUAAUGAAGCUGGAGUAUCGUAUAAGGGAAGUCCAUGAACUCUUCUUGCAAGUAGCGCUGCUGGUGGAAGAGCAGGCAGACACGUUUAAUGUCAUUGAGCUCAAUGUCCAAAAUGUUAAAGACUAUGUUGGAGAAGCGAAAGGUGAAGUGAGGAGAGCCCUGGAAUACAGGAGGAAACAUCCAUUCCGAACGAUCAUCUGCAGUUGCUUAAAAUGCGUCAGGGGUUAACUGUUGGUUGUCCUUAAAUCACUAGAUUAACAUUGUGAGGAUUGUUCAAAUAGUUAUACAUUUUGAAAUUAGUAUCAUGGCUCGUGCAAUGGCAUUUUCUCGGAAGAAAGAAAAGAAGAUGGGACUGAAAGACGUGGGAGUAUGGAUAAUAACUUUUACAACUGUUGUAAGCAGACAUUUUAAUACAUAAUAUAUUGUAAAUAGAAGAUGUUUAUUUUUAUAGGUAUGUUUAUUGCACAUAUUCCACAAAAUGAAGAUAUAAAGUAUUUAUUGUGGUUAUUAUAUGAAGGAAAUUGUUGUGAUCCUGUCUAGUAGCAUUUUGUUUACAAGGGGAAAGAUGAAUGCAGAGAAGUAUGAAAAAGAGGAGGUUGAAAGUUGCUAAUAAUGGUUUGCAAGGCCACAGGUUAGGGGUAGAUAGUGAAAGAGAAGUCUCACAAGAGAAUGGGACAGGCCAGAUGCCAGGGGAAAGUUGUAUG